GAAGCUGUCUCUACAUAUUAAUAACCCUCUCUAGAGAAAAGAAAAGCAUAGAAAAAAUGGCAAGCUUAGCCAUGACAAUCACUCUUCCCAAGGUUCGCCAAGCUGGUUCAGUAGUUGUAAGGAACCGAUGGAACUCUAGGGUUUUUGUCCACUGUACACCAAGAUAUUGUCAGACGAGUGCACGCGAUGAGGGUUCAGAUGCAGCUGACAAGGCGGUCGAGGCUGUGAAACAAGGUGUAAAUGCAACCGUGCAGGGUGGCCAAGAACUAAAAGACAAGGCAGCUUCUACUGCUGAGGAUAUGACCCAGAAAACCAAAGAGGUUGCUGGAAAGGUGUCAGAGACGGUCCAGGAUAUCACCGAGAAAGCAAAACAAACAGUUCAAGGCGCAUGGGGAUCGGUUAAGGAGACGGUGGCAGGGAAGACUGAGGAAGCCAAGGAAUGUGUCAAAGAUAAUGCGGAGACUGUGAAGCGUAAUAUGAACACCAAGAAUUGAUUUCUUUCUCUUUUAUAUAUAUGCCAUAAUUCAUGCAUGAACAUUUUCUGGGAAAAGAAAAUGUGGUGCUUUGUUUCUUUCUGUUUUUCUGAGUAGUGAUUUGCCGCGCAGAGGCGUUUUAUUUUGAGCUAAUCAGAUAUGUAAGGCUUGUACAAGGAGAAAUAAUCUUUGUUCUCAUGUCUCAAUAAAUUCCCUUGCAGGUCAUGUUAAUUAA